AUGAGUGUCAUUAGUUGGAAUUGUCGUGGGCUUGGGAACCCUCGGACCGUUCAAUUCCUUAAGGAUCUUGUAAUCCAAAAGAAGCCUAAUUUUAUUUUUCUGUGUGAAACUUUGUGUCGUAAGGAAGUUGUGGAAAGAAUUCGAGUUGCUAUUGGUUUUGAUGGUUUAUUUGCGGUUGAUGCUAUUGGGCGUAGUGGUGGUGUAGCUCUUCUUUGGCGGAAUAAUGGGGACAUUAAUCUUCUCCAUUUUGCUCAUAAUUACAUUGAUGUGGAGGUUACUUCUUUCGAUCAAGGUGUGUGGCAGUUAACUGGUUUUUAUGGGGAGCCUAACCGUAAUGCAAGGGUGACUACCUGGGAUCAACUGAAAACAUUGGCUACUGCUUCUUCUUUGCCGUGGUGUGUCAUUGGGGAUCUUAAUAACAUCUUGUCUCAUGAAGACAAGCGUGGAGGUGUACCUUAUCCUAACUGGCUUAUUGAGGGUUUUCAUAAAACAAUUCAAGAGUGUGAAUUGAGUGACUUGGAGCUUGUUGGCCAUCAAUUUACUUGGGAAAAGAGUCGUGGUUCGGAUGCAUGGAUUGAAUCUCGCCUUGACCGGGCGCUUGUUUCUAAGCAAUGGUUGGUUUAUUUUUCUUCAGCUCAGUUGUUGAACCUGGAGUUGAGCUCCUCUGAGCAUAGUCCUUUGUUACUUAAUCUGGUUGGUCAGUCUCAUCUUUCUCGUCAUAAGCAGUUUCGAUUUGAGAACUUUUGGCUCUGA